ACAGUCGCAACCCCCAACGUCCAAAGCGGAAGUGACGUUAGCGGCGCACCGCCCUCUUUUUCAGUCGCUGGCGCCUUUUUCCUUUGUGUCUUCUGGUCGGUCACUACUUUGAGGGAAAAGAAUUUUGCCGUUCGCGUUCGGUUGACUUCGUCCCCAAGAUCCUGCAGCCCCACGGACCUGGCGACUCCACCGGGUUUGGAUGGAGUCUUGCUCUGUCACACAAGCUGUAGUGCAGUGGUGCUAUCUUGGCUCACCGUAACCUCCAGCUCCUGGGUUCAAGCGGUUUUCCUGCCUCAGCCUCCUGAGUAGCUGGGAUUACAGGCAUUUAUUGUCAUUAACUGCCCUCUGAAAUCCUUGCUUGUUCAGGACUUCUUUCUAGGAUCUCUAUCUUCAUGAAGAAAAGUCAGAGGCAGAAAGGAAGAUGGCUUAUUGCCUGACAGAUUGCUAUCAGGGAGUGGAGGUUCUCAUACUGGUGAAGGAUUACCUUGAAAAACGUUUCAGUAUUUCGGACUCAGUGACCUUUGAGGAUGUAAGUGUGGACUUCACUCAGGAGGAGUGGACUUUAUUGGACCCACUUCAGAGAAACUUUUACAGAGAUGUGAUGCUGGAGAAUUAUGAGAACCUGGCCAAAGUUGGAUUUCAGCUCCUUAAGCCCAGUCUGAUCUCUUGGUUGGAAGAAGAAGAAUUGAGGACAUUGCAGCAAGGACUUCUCCAAGAAUGUGCAAUAAAACUUCACACCAAUGUUUCAGCAGUGCAGCAGAAUUUUUGUAAAAUACAAACUUCUAAUGGGAUACAAACGGACCUGAUAAUCUUUGACAGUGUAGCUGUGGAGUUCACCCAGGAAGAGUGGACUUUACUGGACCCAACAGAGAGAAACCUGUACCGUGAUGUGAUGCUGGAGAACUACAAGAACCUGUUCUCAGUAGGUUACCAGCUUUUCAAACCCAGUCUGAUCUCUUGGAUGGAGGAAGAGGAAGAGUUGAGCACAUUGCCAAGAGUUCUCCAAGAAUGGAAAAUGUGCCUGAAAACCAAUGGGCCAGCCCUUUGGCAAGAUAAUUUUUGUUUAAAAACAUUAAAUGGGAUUCAGUUGGCAAGAAACCAAAAUAGGGAGGAACUCUAUGACUGUAAGCAAUGUGGAGAAAUCUUCUGUAAACAUUCAUGCCUUAAGACAAACAUGAGUACUCAAGAUAGAGAAGACACGUCUGAAUGUAUUCAGUAUGCAAAAGACCUCCUUUCUGUAUACAAUGAAGCCUCUACCAUAAGGAAAGUUUCUGUGUUCAGUAAGCGUGGAAAAUCUUUCAGCCUGAUUUUAAAUGUUCAAGUCCAAAGAAAGUGCACACAAGAUAAAUCCUUUGAAUGCAUUGACUAUGGGAAAGUCUUUGUUCAUCAGUCACACCUUGAAGCACACAGGAAAACUCAGAGUGAAGAAAAACUCUAUGAAUGGAAGCAAUGUGAGGAAGCAUUUACUCAUUCCCCAAGCCAUGCUGUAAAUGUUGAAACACACGGUAUUAAAAACCCCUAUGAAUGUAAGCAAUGUGGAAAAUAUUUUAGAUGCCCUACCCACCUUAAUAAUCACAUGCAAACCCACUUUGGGAUAAAACCUUAUAAAUGUAAGCACUGUGGGAAAACCUUCACUGUGCGGUCAGGCUUUCUUGAACAUGUACGAACUCACACUGGAGAGAAGCCCUAUGGGUGUAAGGAAUGUGGUAAAGCCUUUCGUGCAUCUGCAGGCCUUAUUGAACAUAUAAGAUGUCACACUGGAAAGAAAACUGUAAGAUGUCACACUGGAGAGAAAACCCUUAAAUGUGACUAUUGUGGGAAAGCCUUUAUUUCUUACCCAUCUCUUUUUGGACAUUUGAGAACUCAUAAUGGAGCAAAGCCAUAUGAACAUAAGAAAUGUGUGAAGGCCUUUGGUACAUCCUCAGGCAUUAUUGAAGAUAUAAGAUGUAACACAGGACAGAAACUCUUUGAUUGUGACCAGUGUGGGAAAGUCUUUGUUUCUUUCUCAUCUCUUUUUGCUCAUUUGAGAACUCACACUGGAGAGAAGCCCUUUAAGUGUUACAAAUGUGGGAAACCAUUUAUCUUUUCUGCCUGUCUUCAUAUUCACAUGCAAACUCACACAGAAGAGCGACCCUAUCAAUGUAAGGAAUGUGGGAAAACUUUCACUAAGUGCUCAUAUCUUACCAAACAUUUACGAAGGCACACUGAAGAGAAACCCUAUGAAUGUAUGAAAUGUGGGAAGGCCUUCACUGAGCGCUCAUACCUGACUAGACAUUUACGAAGACACAGUGGGAAGAAGCCCUAUGGAUGUAAGAAAUGUGGAAAAGCCUUCACAGAACGCUCAGACCUUAAUAAACAUUUACGAACACACACUGGAGACAGGCCCUAUGAACAUAAGGAGUGUGGGAAAGCCUUUGUUGCCUCCUCAAGUCUAACUUAUUUAAGAACUCACACUGGAUAUAAACCCUAUAAAUGUAAUACAUGUGAAAAAGCUUACAGUAGGUCUUGUGUACUAACUCAACACUUAAAAACUCAUGCUGUAGAGAAGACUUCUGAAUGUAACACUUGUGGAAAAUCCUUUCGAAAUUCCUUGUGCUUUAAUGAUUGCUUACAAACUCACACUGAAACAAAACCGUAUAAAUGUAAGGACUGCGGGAAAACCUUCACUUUUCAUUCAGAACUUACUAAUCAUGUGCAAAUUCACACUGGAGAGAAGCCCUAUGAAUGUAAGGAAUGUGGGAAGGCCUUCCGUACAUCCUCAGGACGUAUUCAGCAUUUAAGAACUCAUAUGGGAGAGAAACCAUUUGAAUGUGACCAAUGUGGGAAGGCCUUUGCUUCUUUGUCAGCACGUAUUGCACAUUUGAAAACUCACUCUAGAGAGAAGCCCUAUGGAUGUGAAAAAUGUGGAAAAACUUGCUGUUUUCCUCAAGCCUAACUGAACAUGUAAAAAUUCACAGGAGAGACUAAUACUGUCAAUGUAAGGAAUGUGAGAAAGCCUGAACUCUUGAAUCUUUCUGGAUUUGUACAAAGGCCCACUGGAGAGAAACCCUGUAAAUAUAAGGAAUGUGGGAAAACACAGUUCCUUUUUAUGUUUUUUUUGGAGGAGUUUCACCCUGUUGCCCAGGCUGGAGUGCAGUGGCAUGAUCUUGGCUCACUGCAGCCUCUGCCUCCCAGAUUCAAGUGAUUCUCCUGCCUCAGCCUCCCGAGUAGCUGGGAUUACAGGCAUGCGCCACCACACCUGGCUAAUUUGUUUUGUUUUGUUUUGAGACGGAGCCUCAGUUUGUUGCCAGGCUGGAGUAUAGUGACUCCAUCUCAGCUUACUGCAGCCUCUGCCUCCCGGGUUCAAGCGAUUCCCCUGCCCAAGCCUCCCGAGUAGCUGGGGCUACAGUUGUGCACCACCACGCCCAGCUCAUUUUUUUGUGUUUUAGUUGAGACGGGGUUUCGCCAUGUUGGCCAGGAUGGUCUCAAUCUCCUGACCUUGUGAUCCGCCUACUUCAGCCUCCCAAAGUGCUGGGAUUACAGGCAUGAGCCACUGUGCCUGGCUCCUAAUUUAUUAUAUUUUUGGUAGAGAUAGGGUUUCACCCUGUUGGCCAAGCUGGUCUCUAACUCCUGACCUCAAAUGAUCACCAGCUUCGACCUCCUGAAAUGCUGGGAUUACAGGUGUGAGCCACUGCACCUGGUCUUCUUAUCUUAUUGAACAUGUAAGAACACCCUGGAGAGAAACCCCUUUUUUUGAGAUGAAGUCUUGCUCCAUAGCCUAGGCUGGAGUGCAAUGAUGCAAUCUUGGCUCAUUGCAACUUCUGCCCCCUGGGUUCAAGUGAUUCUCCUACCUCAGCAUCCCAAGUAGCUGGGAUUACAGGCAUGCACCACUACACCUGGCUACUUUUUUGCAUUUUUAGUAGAAAUGGGGUUUCACCAUUUUGGCCAGGGUGGUAUCAAACUUCUGACCUCAAGUAAUCUGCCUGCCUUGGCCUCCCAAAGUGCUAGGAUUACAGGUGUUAGCCACCGCGACUGGCUGAGAAACCUAUUUUAUGUAAGGAAUGAGGAAAAUCCUUUUGGAAGUCCAUGUGUUUUAAUAGUCAUAUUGUAAUUCAUACUGGUGAGAAAACUAUCAAUGUAAGCAUUGUGUCAGAAGUGCUCAUUUGUCCCUGUUCACUUCAAAGAUAGCAAAGAACUUACACUCUGAAGAUGCUCCAUAAAGUUAAAGGCACCUCGGAGAACCGUUGGAAUCUCCUGACAAUGCAUUAUUUAAGAGUUCACCCUGAAGCCGUACAGUGUUAGAAACAAAGCUUUCAAUGUUUCCUUGGAUUCUUAUAAUGGGGAUAAACCCUUUGGAUACAAGAUAUGUUCAGAAGUAUUCUUGCCAAAUACUUUGGUGUUCUCCUGCAAUUUCACAGUGGAGAAAAACUUCAUGAAGGGAGUCUUUCCCAUGAAUGGCAUCAGAAUGUAUUGAAUACUUUCCCUUGAUUCCUCUUUGUGAUCCUGCUUACUCGGAACAUUCAGGUACCUAGAACUGACUGUACCUGCCCUUUAUAAAUGCCUGCCCUCGAUAAAUACCUGAUAUUUAAAAGUGUAAGUAAAUAAAAGGAUUUUUUUAAAAACAUAGAAAGUUAACUGAUAUUCCAAGGUUAUAUCAUCCUUGUAAUUCCGGAAAAUGUAAUUUUAGUAUAAUGGGUUAACUUUUUGUUUGCCUGAAUGUACCUGUACUGCACAUACACCUAUAAUGUAAAGAUUUUUCAAAAACUUAUAUUGGCACGUAAUAUUCUUUUCUUAGUCUGUCAUUGCCUGUAUUUUUGUAUGAAGAUUGGAGUAUUUUCUCGUUUCCUUAACUCGUACAGUACUUUCUUAUUACAAGUUUUUUUACAUUGUUUUACCAGUCAUAAUUCAUUGGCAGAAUCAGGUGAAUCUGGAUUACUUGUUGCCAUUGUUAUGGGAUAUUAUUUUUAUGUUUUGGAAUAAAUUUAAAGCAUGAAUAAUUGAAUUCAAUUAUUUUUAUAUUUUGUAGGCACUAGUAAGGUUUCCAGUUUGAUCUUUUUUUCCCCCAUGUGGAAAUAAUAUGAUACAUUUAUUAGAUAUACUAGACAAGAACAGAACUAAGUACUCCAACUCUACUGCAGCAUUACCAAAAAAUCACCCCUUCACCACAGUGUGAGAUUUAAGGACAACCUGCCCAAGGAUGCACGUUACAUAAAACACAGCAAGAUUGCUGUGGACUUCAGUCUCUACCCAGGUCCUACUGAAAUACGGGUGGUCCCAAUUAGUUUUAUUAAAUAAAUGUUUUUUUUUUUUUUUUUUUUGAGAUGGGAGUUUCGCUCUUGUUACCCAGGCUGGAGUGCAAUGGCGCGAUCUCGGCUCACCGCAACCUCCGCCUCCUGGGUUCAGGCAGUUCUCCUGCCUCAGCCUCCUGAGUAGCUGGGAUUACAGGCAGGCGCCACCACACCCAGCUAAGUUUUUGUAUUUUUAGCAGAGACGGGGUUUCACCAUAUUGACAAAGAUGGUCUCUAUUUCUUGACCUCGUGAUCCACCCACCUUGGCCUCCCAAAGUGCUGGGAUUACAGGUGUGAGCCACUGCGCCCAGUGGUGAAUAAAUCUUUAAAGAAAAAGAUAACGCAUUUAAAAAGACAAGUCACAAUGCUUCAGGAACCACAUAUCCUACACAAACUUUAUCCUCAAAUGAGUUAUGUUUGCCUCACACUAAUAAACUUUUAUUUCACUCAAAUUAGAGCAAAAAUCUUCUAUGCAUUAAAUAUCUUCCCUGCCCAAUAAUUCAAAGAAAAAAAAUCCAAAAUGAUUAUUAAAGAAAAAUUUGUUUUAAAUAUUUUUAAAGUUAAAAAGUGUUUAAAGGUUGUAAUUCCUAGUAGCCAAACAUUAUCUGAAUGGAUACCCUAAUGGCAAACCACUGUAAAAUGCUUCAGCAGCAUUUGGGGGAGAGGAGUAGGGAUUAUCUUCAAAGCACCCCAGCUCUCUUGAUGAGAAGGUCAGAGGGACACUGGUUUGUAUUAUUGUGACAUCUAUAAGGUGAUCUAGGUUGCUUUUCCUUCAGCAAAGGCUCUAUUUAUCAGAAGGGCAUUAUGCUUGAUCUCCAAAUUUGGCUGACAAUCUGCUGCUAAGAUUCAUAACCUUUGGGUCGCUCUGGCAUUUUGACAUACUUGCUGGGUUCUGAGCCACAUCCUGGAAGGCCACCGUAACUUCUGGAUCCUGCAUGGCUGCAAGAACCUCUGGAUCACUCAGAAUUUCAUUGAGUCCAGGCAUUCUGCAUUCUGGUCAUUCCAGGCAUGCCCCCUCCCAUUCCAGGCAUUCCUUCGGGAAAACCACCAGGCAUUCCCCCAGGAAAGCCACCUGGAAAAGAGCCAUACUGAGCUCCUGUCGUCUGGCUUCCUCCUCCCUCUGGGCGCUCUCAUGCUUUUCUCGAGCCUUCUUAACUUUUUCUAUUCUUUUUUUUUUUUUUUUCUUUUGCGGGGGGAGGAAGGCAGGAAGGAAGGGCAUAAGGACGGUAGGGUGGAAGGAAGGGAUAAAGGAAGGAAGGAAGGGAGGAAGCGGGGAGGGAGGGAGGGAAGGGAAGAAAGGAAAUCAAGCAAUGAAAGAGACAUUGCCGACCUGGAUCUAGAGGUUUACAAGUUGAUUUCUUUUCUUUUGAGAGAAGGAAAGAAAAAAAAAAAAUAAGUAAAGGAGAGGAAGAAAGAGGGAGAGUAAAUGGAAAUAUUGCUUUAUUUUGAAAAAAAUUGGGUAUUAAUAAUGGCCAAUCAAUGUUUCAUUUAAACUAAUGGGUAGGUGUGAUGUGGUAUUGACAAGAAUGUAUAUUUUGUGUAUUUGAAGUGGAGAGCUCUAUAAAUAUUUAUUAAGUUUACUUGUUAUGGAUCUGAGUUCGAGUCCUUGAUAUCCUUAUUAAUUUUCUGUCUCAUUGAAUCUAAGUCUCCUAUCUGGGUGUUAGGAUCGUUAGCUCUUGUUGUUGCAUUGAUCCUUUUACCACUGUAUCUUUGUUGCUUUAAAAUCUAUUUUAUCCAAAACAAGAAUUGCAACUCCUGCUUUUUAUUUAUUUAUUAUUUAUUUUUGCUCUCCAUUUGGUUGGUAAAUCUUUCUCCAUCCCUUUGUUUUGAGUCUUUGUGUAUCCUUGCAUGUGAAACAGGUCUGGAUGUAACAUGCCGUUGGGUUUUGGCUGUGUCUUUUGAUUGGGAAUUCAGUCAAUUUAAUUUAGGUUUACUGCCAUUUGAUGUUGACUGGCUGUUUUAUCCAUUUGUUGGUGUAAUUUCUUCUUUAUGUUGGUGCUCUUUACUUUUUGGUGUAUUUUUAGAAAGGCUAAUACUAGUUGUUUCUUUCUGUGUGUAAUGCUUCUUUCAGAAGCUCUUGUAAAGCAGGCCUGGUGGUAAUAAAAUCUCUGAGUUCUUGCUUGUUCAUAAAAGAUUUAUUUUUCCUUCAGUUGUGAAGCUUAGUUUGGCUGGAUAUGAAAUUCUGGGCUGAAGGUUCUGUUCUUUGAGGAUGUUGAAUAUCGGCCCCCACUCUCUUCUGGCCUGUAGAGUUUCUGCCGAGAGAUCUGCUGUAAGUCUGAUAGGCUUGCCUUUGUGGGUUAUCCGACCUUUCUCUCUGGCUGCCCUUAGUAUCCUCUCCUUCGUUUCAACCCUGGUGAAUCUAACGAUUAUGUGCCUUGGGGUUGCUCUUCUUGAGGAAUAUCUUUGUGGUGUUCUCUGUAUUACCUGGGGUUGAAUGUUGACCUGCUUUGCUAGUUUAGGAAAAUUUUCCUGAAUAAUAUCCUGAAGGGUAUUUUCCAGCUUGGAUUCAUUCUCUCCGUCGCAUUCAGGUACACCUAUCAAACGUAAAUUUGGUCUUUUCACAUAGUCCCACAUUUCUUGGAGACUUUGCUCAUUCCUUUUUAUCCUUUUUUCUCUAAUCUUUCUUCACGUUUUAUUUCAUUAAGUUGGACUUUGACCUCUGAUAUCCCUUCUUCUGCUUGAACAAUUCGAGUGUUUAAACCUGUGCAUACUUCUCGGAGUUCCUGUAUUGUAUUCUUCAGUUCCAUUAAUUCACUCAUACUCCUCUCUAAGUUGUCUAUUCUCAAUAGGAUUUCAUCAAACCUUUUUUCAAAGUUCCUAGUUUCUUUACGUUGGGCUACAACAUGGUUUUUUAACUCACCGAAGUUUGUUAUUAUCCAUUCCUUGAAGAGUGAUUCUGUCAUCAGGAGGCGCUCAUUCUCCAUCAAGCCUUGUUCCAUUGUUGAUGUGGAACUGUGAUCAUCUUUAGAGGGAGAGGCGUUCUGACUUUGAGUAUUCUCAGCUUUUUUACGCUGGUUUCUUCCCGUCAUUGUAAAUUUAUCCUCCUGUCGUCUUUGAAAUUACCAACUUUCAGAUUAGGUCUCUUGAGUGGACGUCCAGGUUGUUAGUUCCCAGGGCCAGAGCAGCGGCGUUAAAACUGAUGGUGCUUUUCCGCCCAGGAUUCUCCUGUCUGGCUUCCUUCUUGUGUCCGUAGUAGGUGACUCUGCCUUCCCGGAACUCCAAACCUCGGUCAGAAGGGGAACCCGUCCCGUUUACUCUGCGCCGAGCGCUGCCGCGUCGAGGUGCCGGUGGAACCGCUGCGCCGACCACGAGAGUCGCGCUGGCGACUCGUGUGUUUCCACCACUGGGGUACCUUCUGCUCCGUAAGCGACCAGACUUUGUCUGAAAGUGUGGCGUCCUCUAGUUCUCCGUGCCUUCCCUGAGAGCUGCAAUCCCGGGAUGUUAGCGAUCGGCCAUCUUGGAUCUUUUCCUCAACUUUUUCUAUUCUUUCGUUGAUCUCUCGCUCUUCACAUUUUCGCUCAUCCUUUCUCCGAUGUUCUGCAGUUUUCUGUGCCCUAGAUUGAACUUCUUUCAGCAUUGCACUCGCAUCUUCGUCAUAAUCCCAUUUACAGGCAAGGGCAAGAUCAUGGGCUGCUGCUACCCCGUGGCCUAGAAGUCUGUGCGCUUUCCCUCGCCACUUGUAAGGCUGAGCUGAAUCAGGAUUUAUUUCAGGGGCUCUGUCACAGUCUUGCAUGGCAGCAUUUGGCUUCUGUAAUUUGAUGAAGACACAGGCCCUCUUGGCAUGCAAAAUGGCCAAGCAAGGAUUCAGCAUGAUGGCAUCUGUGAAUAAGUCAGUGGCUUUCUGCAAUUCACCAUCAUUUAGGGCUUCAAUAGCAGCCACUUUCUUACCAUUUGCUUGGUCCAUCAUCUCCUCUGUUAUCUCUGCAGUUUCAUCUCCCAUUUCUUGAGGGAUGUCAGUGUCUGGUUCAAUCACACCUUUAUUAUCAAUUUCUAGAUCACUUUCGUCACUUGAUGGUUCGUCUGCCUUUAAGCCUUCCUCUACCUUCUUACUGUCAGGUUUUUCCUCCUUGGUAUUUUCUUCUGAUUUAGCUUUCUGAGUAGCAGGUGGUAUUUUACCCCCCUGUACUCUCCACCCACUCCCUCAGGAAGCACAUUUCCUCAGUGUGCGGAACGCUUGGAUCUUGUUUACACAUCUUCAAAAAGGCCCGAAGCUCGUUCACUUUGCGGGGGUCCAUGGUCAGGAGGCGGCAGGUGAAGCUGAGGGUCUGCGGUCUGCUUCCAGGCCUAGGCGCUGGCUUGGCGUAACCACACAGAAGGGGUUCAUCUUUUUAAAAUAUUUAUGUUUUCUUUCUUAGUUUCUUCUUAAGUCUAUUUCGUCAAGAAUUGUUUUUAUAGGCUUUUUUGUACUUUAAAAUUUAUACUCAAUGUUUAUAAUAUUUUCUGAUAUUUUAAGUGUUUGUGGCUUUUGCUGUUACAUACCUUUUGCAUACUCCUUUUCAUUCCUGAUACUUUAUUUUCUCCUUCAUGAAAAACAUUAAUAUUGCUAGAAUUUACUUAAUCUUGUUAAUUUCGCUUAAAAAAUUGGGUUUGGUUAUUGCAGUACAUUUUUGGUUUGUGUUCUGUAGCAGUCAAGUUGUACUGCCAUAGCAAAUUGUCACAGGAUGGUUUCAGUACCAGAAAUUAAUUUUCUCAGUGUUAUGGAGAUUGUAAAACUUUUCAGGGUGCCAGCAUAGUUGGUUUUUGGUGAGGGCAUCUUCUUGGGUUGUGGAGUACUGCCUUCUCAUCUCUCAUUAUGCUGCCCCUCUUUGGCUGACAGAUACAUCAAGCUCUCUUGUGUCUCUUCUUUAUAAAGCACUAAUACUAUCAUGAGAGCCUCAUCCUCAUGAUUGCAUCUAACCCUAAUUACCUCCAGAAUCCUCCAUAUGCAAAUAUAAACACCUUAGGAGUUGGGGCACCAAGAUAUGAAAAUUGUAGGGGAAGCAGGGUAUGCACAGUUUAGUCCAUAGAGUUCUAUUUUGUUAAUUUUUAUUUUUAAUUUUUGCUUUCAGCAUAGUACAUUAUUUUUUCUGACUUUUAGGUUCAGGGCAUACAUGUGCAUCUUUGUAACAUGGGUAAAUUGUGUGUUGCUGAGGUUUGGGAUAGGUGAGCCAAGAUCAUGCCACUGCACUCCAGCCUGGCAACAGAGUGAGACUCCCAUCUCAAGGAAAAAAAAAAAAAAAAAAGGUAAAUGGGUUUUCCCAUUCAAAAAUUUCUUUUAGGGUGAUGAAAAUGUUCUAAAAUUAUGUUUGAACAACACUGUGAAUAUACUAAAAAAUACUGAACUAUAUAGCUUUGAGUGAACUGUGUUAUAUGUGGAUUAUAUCUCAAUAAAGGUGGUCUAAAAACCAAAAGGGAAAA